UAUGACGAAGAGUAAAUCUGCCGAUGGUCAACAAUCAGAAGGGAUUUCUCAAGUUCGCGAAGAGCUCGUUGGAAUCGGAUCUUGGUGGCAGCGUCGUGCCGUUCAUCGACAGCCAGCCGAUCACCUCGACUCCCGCUGUCCUCCUCUCUGGUGCAGGUCUCGUGUACAAAGGUGGAAGAAAGUCCUCGGGCUUUAUCACGAUGAAGCAUCUCCGGGUUGAACCCGAGAAUAGCAAUGCGCUAGACAAGUUAAUUCCUCGAGGAUUACGACAAGGGGUGUACGAUCGACUGUUCGAAGCGUCGGAAUCGAAUGAAGCGACCGGCACUCUGCUUUUGGAUUAGUCAAUUCUGUUCGUUUUUUUCUGUUUUCUUCUAAUAAAUUAAAUUAAAUUAAAAUAUCGUAA